GUUCGACGGCGCCGGCUGCGUGGCUAAGGCGGCGGCGCUCGCGUGCCCAGCACCUCCCUCCCGGUACCCGCCGCGGAGCCGGACGCCGGAUGAUCUUGGCGUGAGGUCACAGACGGGAGGAGGAAUCCUUCGGACGGAAGAUCAUGGACCUGGAGAGCAAAGUGAAGAAGAUGGGCUUAGGUCAUGAGCAAGGAUUUGGAGCUCCGUGUUUUAAAUGCAAAGAAAAAUGUGAAGGAUUUGAACUGCACUUUUGGAGGAAAAUAUGUCGUAACUGCAAGUGUGGCCAAGAAGAGCACGAUGUCCUUCUGAGCAAUGAAGAGGAUCGCAAAGUGGGGAAGCUUUUUGAAGACACCAAGUAUACUACCCUCAUUGCAAAACUGAAAUCAGAUGGAAUUCCCAUGUAUAAACGUAAUGUCAUGAUACUGACCAAUCCAGUGGCAGCCAAGAAGAAUGUGUCCAGCAAUACAGUCACUUAUGAAUGGGCACCUCCUGUCCAGAAUCAAGCAUUGGCCAGGCAGUACAUGCAGAUGCUGCCCAAGGAGAAGCAGCCCGUGGCGGGCUCCGAGGGGGCACAGUACCGGAAGAAGCAGCUGGCGAAACAGCUUCCUGCGCAUGACCAGGACCCUUCCAAGUGCCACGAGUUGUCUCCCAAGGAGGUGAAGGAGAUGCAGCAGUUUGUGAAGAAGUACAAGAGCGAGGCUCUGGGCGUGGGGGAUGUGAAACUGCCCCGGGACAUGGGUGCCCAAGGCCCCAACAGAGUGCACAUCCCCGGCGGGGACAGAAGCACCACGGCACCAGUGGGGUCCAUCGAGGACAAAUCAGCCGAGCACAAAAAAACUCAGUAUUUCUGCUACUGCUGCAAGCUGAGCAUGAAGGAGGGCGACCCCGCCGUCUAUGCGGAAAGGGCAGGCUACAACAAACUCUGGCACCCAGCUUGCUUCGUCUGCAGCACCUGCCAUGAACUCCUGGUGGACAUGAUUUAUUUCUGGAAGAACGGGAAGCUCUUCUGUGGCAGGCAUUACUGUGACAGUGAGAAACCACGCUGUGCUGGCUGCGACGAGCUGAUAUUCAGCAAUGAGUACACCCAGGCGGAGAACCAAAAUUGGCACCUGAAGCACUUCUGCUGCUUUGACUGCGACAACGUCCUCGCAGGGGAAAUCUACGUGAUGGUCGACAACAGGCCCGUGUGCAAACCCUGCUACGUGAAGAACCAUGCCGUGGUAUGUCAAGGAUGCCACAAUGCAAUUGAUCCCGAAGUGCAGAGGGUGACCUAUAACAAUUUCAGCUGGCACGCGUCCACAGAGUGCUUCCUGUGCUCCUGCUGCAGCAAGUGCCUCAUAGGGCAGAAGUUCAUGCCAGUAGAAGGGAUGGUUUUCUGUUCAGUGGAGUGCAAGAGGAUGAUGUCUUAAGAGGGGAAUACCAAGCAGUACUGAGCCGAAGCUAUCCACAGUGAUCUGCAUUUCUACUGUAAGAUGCAAGUUGGAAAAAUAAAUGGAAAAACGAACAGCAACAACAAAAGGAACUGUAAAGGCAACCAGAAGAUUUUCUUUUGAUAACUUUCUUGGCUGUUUUUACCUUUUAUUCAUCAUUUCCUCCCUCCAUUUCUUAAACUGGCUUUAAGCACUUGAUUUUAAGAUGGAAAGAAUUUUUUCUUUCCUAUACCUCCAAUUGUAAAACUACACAAGUUGGAAGCUUGGGUUUAAGUAAUUUUUGUAUCCCGUGCCACCCUCGUGCCAAACGCAAUCUAUAAAAGUGUAUGGAAUGGAAAUAUGUGCAUUUCUAGUUUUGUAUUUCUUCUCCCUCUUGUGUGAAAUGAAAAGAAAAUUAAAUUUUCUCCAGUGUGAACACUCUACAUUUAUUGCCUCAUCCCAAUCACUGAAUCUUACAGAGAAAAACAGUGAGUCUUUUUGAAAUAGAAAUAGAAAUGCAACAUAAUAUGCAGAACUGAUAUCAUUACAUCCCUGCAUUUGCAGUGUUCGAAGUUAAACAAAGGUAACUUUAUUGUAGAAUUUUUUUUUAAAUUUUCUUUGCUUCUUAGUAUUUGUACCUCCAUCCGUGGCCUUGAAUAUUUUAUCAAAGGUUAGCCUCCAUGCCUUUUAUUUCUAUUGAUGAAUUUUGGCUUGGAUCUAAGCGCCAACCUACUUACUUAUACUGUUUUAAAUCCAAAGAACAUGUAUGUUUUGUACCCAAGAAAUGUAUUUGCACUUGUGUGUGUGGUUUGGAUAGACUUUUGCAUGGUUUUCAUUCUUUUCUAAUGAAUACUGUCUUAUGAUGGGUCUUGAAUGUCUUUCUUUGCUUUUUUGUAUCUCCAUCCUUAAGCCUUCCUAACGUUUAUUUUUUUCCUAUAUCCUUCCAUAUACAGCUAUGUAUUAUGAAAAUUAAAUGGAAUUAAUAUGUAUAUUAUUAUUCAAAUAAAAUGUUUCA